AGAAGUAAAGAAGAGGAGGUGGAUGAAGACGAUGAUGGAAGUGACGAUAUGGAUAUGGACAUGGAUUCAGACCCGGGAGAUCCGAGCUUGAAUGCUCAGGACGUCUCUAUAGCCCAACCUGAGAACACAAUACAAAUAACUGUAAUAAGAAGAGAUGGAUCGAACGGCAUACUCAUGAAAGAAGCACGUGCCACAGCGGAUACGCCCACGCAGCAUGCACCGUGAUGAAAGAUGGUCUUGAAGACACAAAACACUUCUUUGCCUUCUUUCGGUUCGCUUCAUUCCUGAAUUACCCUUACUUGAUUCAAAACACGAUCGAUGCCUGCACAUAAUAAGAAACAAAGACCAUUAGUCGCCGUCAUUGGUGCUGGUGUUGUUGGAUUGACAACCGCAUUAUUAUUGCAAUGCAACCAUUAUGAUGUAACAAUCAUUGCGUCCGAAUUCCCCAAGAGAGGGAAAGCGCAUCCCGACUAUUCAUCAGCGAAAGCUGGAGCACAUUGGCGACCUGUAUGUGAUGAGGAUGAUGCACGAGCCCAAGAACAUGAUACUAUUUCAUACAAGGCAUUUAAGGAAUUAGCCAAGUAUUCAGACUCGGGCAUUAAAAUGCAGGAUGCGAUCGAUUAUUAUGAUUUUAAUCCGUCAGGGCACGGAAGACAAUACCCAUGGUGGUCCAGGGUGGUUGACGGAUUCAAACAAAUCCCGUCCACGAAUCCAGAUUUCCCUAUCGCUUAUACAUACAAGACAGCAGUGAUCACGCCUUCGAUCUAUUUACACUUUUUAUUGCAACAGUUCAAGAAAGCGGGCGGACAUGUCCAGCAACGGACACUUUCACAUAUGAUGGAGGCAGCACAUUGGGUAGGAACGAAAGCUAAGCCCGUCAAGAUCAUUAUCAAUUGUACGGGAGUCAGGGCUAGAUACUUGGGAGGAGCACAGGAUCUACAAUGUUUCCAAACAAGAGGACAGACGGCAGUAGUGAGAGCAUCUUGGAUUCAUGAAACCGUCACUUGGAUCUCUAAAACUGGAGAGAUUAUGUAUGUCAUUCCUCGAUCGAAUGGCGAAGUUGUCUUGGGAGGCUCUCGCGAGGCGCAUCAAAACAAUGAGGCAGUGAGUCCGACAAAGACAACACAUAUUCUCAAAACAAUUAUCCGUCGGUAUCCCAAGAUUCUAAUGCCCGGAACCUCCGAAGCUUAUGCAGCCAGCCCUGAUAUUCUUACCAAAUUUGACAUUGUGGAUCAGGCAGUUGGCUUCCGACCAUCAAGGACAGGUGGUGUUCGCGUCGAGGUUGAACACAGUCGCACAGGAGCUGGCCAAUAUGUACUGAUCGGCCACAACUAUGGCCAUGGAGGUGCUGGAUUCCAAUCAAGUUGGGGCACAGCUUAUGAUCUUAUUAAAGCCAUUGAAAAGGCAGAACAAGAAGAGGUUCUUCAGAAGCAGCAAUAUGAGAUUGCAAGGCUUUAACGCUAUGCUAUCGUUAUUGGCGACCAUUUGAGAAAAAAAGUCAAAAUAUACAUUUAAUUAAAAUAAUUAAAUCAAUAUAAAAAUAUGAUUUAUAGAGGAAAUGGGGGGGUAUUCUUAGCGGUUGUU